UCGGUUACUAUGGCAGCGAGGACGCUUAGUCCGGGCCCGAUCCCAAUUUAGAGGCCAAAGCUCUUCUGUCCUUUUCAUGGCACCCAAGAAAGAGAAAGUUGGGACCACGAGCACCAAUUCUAAGCCAUGGGAACCGUCGCUCAUCGCCGCACCUUUCAAUCAGAACGACUGGAAGGCCUCCAUCGCUUUUGUUGUUGGAAACCAGGUUGAGGACGAGCUUCUCAUUCGAGCCCUCACCCUCGCAGUCCAGGUGCCGCAGCGCAAGCUCUUCAGCCUGGUAUCAUGGAAAGACGUUCUCUGCCAGAUUGAUGAAGCAAGUGCACUCUUUGGAACCACCACUAAAAAGGGAAAGAACGUCACGGGCGUUAGUGCUCCCUUAUAUCACGAGGUGUUGCUAGCAGCGAAAGCAAUCAUGGACAAUGGAGAGAAAUUAACCUUACCACUGAUAGGGAAACUCCUGAAAUUCCAGCUUCUCCAGAUUAAACUUAAGGACCAACAGCGCCGGGAUAACGAAAAGAAGGUAAAAGACGACAGAUUUAAGGUAGAAAAGGAGAAAGGAAAGGCAAAAACUCCCAAGGACAAGAAGGCCUCGAAUGCCAGCUCUGGCAAAGGAAAGGGGAAGGAUCAGCCCGAGGCGAGCGCAGUGGUGAGAAAGACAACCCAGCUGAAGCGCAGGGGAGAGGAAGAUGAGACCAAAGUUUACAUCGACGAUGAGCCAGAUGAUGGUGCCCAACAUUACAUUAUAGUUGUGGGCUUCAACAAUCCACAGCUAUUAGCGAUUAUGACUGAGCUUGGCAUUCCCAUAAGCAGCGUGAUUAAAAUAUCUUCCGAGAAUUAUGAACCUCUGCAGACACACCUGGCAGCAGUUAGCCAGCAGCAGGAAGUUUUUCUUCAGCCACAAGAUAUAGAAGCGGAGAAAUUGAAGAAAGAGAAUGCUAUGAAAGAACUCGCCAUUUUCUGGAAGUACUUGGAGCCAAUCCUGAAUAAUGAGAAACCUGAAACAAAUCUCUUCGAUGUUGCUCGGCUGGAACACGUGGUGCGGGCAGCUGCCUUUCCUUCCAACUGGUCGGACGGCAAGAUGCUGCUGGAACUGGGCACCAAUAUUUUUGAAAAUAUUGCCUGUUUGAUGUAUGACAGCCUGGAUUGGAAAAGGCAGCACCAGCACUACUUGGAAAGCAUGCAGCUCAUUAACGUCCCACAAAUGUCUGCUGUUCUCGGCGCCGGGAAGAAGAAAGCACAAAAUGGAGAACUGCAGGGGCCGGCAUCAGUGGCUUCCGUCGUCACCCCCGAGGCGGACCUGCGCUACUACAAUGACUUGCUGAAUGCAAUUCCGGAGGAGUUCAUCUCCGUGCCUCUCAUCGUGCACUGCAUGCUGGAACAGGUCGUGGCCACGGAAAAAGACCUCGUGCCGCCCAGCCUGGUGGAGCCGCCCCCCCGAGCGGACGGGCUGGACCACAGAAUCGCAGCUCACAUCGUGUCCAUCCUGCCCUCGCUCUGUCUCACCGAGAGCGAGAAAAAGAAUCUCCAUAAAGUAUUUUUAUGCGAAGAAGAAAGCCAAAGCGAAGAAGUGCCCGAAGGCCCGCUGCUGCUGAACUACCACGACGUGCUUGCCCACAAGAAGUACGCACUGAAGGACCAAAAGGAUUUUGACCCGGUUCAAAUUGAGCAGGAGAUGCAGGCCAGGCUGCCACUGUGGGAAUACCUUGAGUUCCCUCUGCCCCCACCAUGGAACAGCAUUAAACGUCUGGCUGCAAUUCAUGAGCUCUUGCACUUUUGUACAAACGAGCCCCUGAGCUGGAACGAAGUAGAGAGAGCCUUCAAAGUGUUUACUUUUGAGAGCCUGAAACUCUCUGAGGUGGAUGAGGAAGGGAACCUAAAGCCUUCUAGGAAAGUGCAUGGGACCGAUGCCGAGACAAUCAACAUCCCCUGGGACAACCCCGCCAGGUUUGCUAAGCAGAUCCGGCAGCAGUGCCUGACGAGGCUGAGCCGUGGGAAGGCCAGGUGCCCAGCAGAUCCUACUGAAGCCCAAGACAGAACUUUAUUUAUGGAUCAGAGUUUGUCAACAGCUGUGCGAGAUAAGACCAACAAAGACCCUUCAGACCCUGGUCAGACGGAUGCUGACAAUACGAAGAAUUCUGACCCAGAUAAUGAGAAACCCUCAGGCCCUGAGGACAGAGAGCUGUCAGGGCAGCAGGCAGCCAGCUUGGAGACACAGCCACCAAGGAACUCCCUGGAGCAGACCACGAACAAUGAGAUCAAAGAUGAAACAGUCACAAAGGCUGAUUUUCUUGAAAAGAAACCCAAGAAGAUGACUGUGGAAGCGGAGUUGGAGGACAUACAGAAAACGCAGCAGCGCAGCCUGAGGGACUGGAGCUUCACGGAGCAUUUCAAACCGAAGGUCCUGCUGCAGGUUCUUCAAGAAGCCGAUCAGCAAUACAAGUGCAUUGAUUCCUAUUACCAUACCCAAGACAACUCAUUACUUUUAGUCUUUCACAACCCAAUGAAUGCGCAACGUCUGCACCGUGAACUGUGGAAUGUUGCUCUUCACUCCAAUGUUGGAUUCAGGAAUUUUUUGGAACUUGUUUCAGAAUCUAUCCAGGAUUGGAUCACAAAAGAAGAAGCUAUCUAUCAGGAAUCUAAAAUGGCUGAGGAAAUCUCCAGGCCCAAGGGCGAGCUGGAAGUGAAGUCUUCUGUUAAUGUCAAAAUUGUUUCUCCUAGGAAAACGUAUUCUGUUCAGAAAUCUGAAAGCAACAAAACCCUGGGCAAACCAGAGACAGCAGAUCAGGAAAAGGAAGAAGAGAAGGAGAAAAUGUCUUUCAUUUUAAAAGGCUCUCUCAAGGCCUGGAAAGAAGAACAGGAGCCAGUAGCAGAAGAAGAACGCUUGAAGGAAGACAAGAAAGCAGAGAAGAAGACCAAGGACAGUGGCAAAAAGAAAGGCAAAGGAAAGCUAGAGCGAGAAGAGAGUGGCAUUGUGAAGAAGAAAUCGGUUCUCCACGAGAAACCUAGGGAAGAGCAAAUAAAGUUCUUGGAAGUGUCGGAGGAGCUGCUCCAGGAGCCAGAAGCCGCGAGGGUGUACCCGUUUCGUGGAUACAACAUGGGAAAUGUACCCAUCCAAAUCUCAGGAACAAAUUAUUAUCUGUAUCCUUCGGAUGGAGGACAGAUUGAAGUAGAAAAGACGACAUUUGAAAAAGGCUCAACUUUUAUCAAAGUGAAAGUGAAAAAGGACAAACACAGUUUUAUAAUUCAUUUAAAGGACCCUAAGAAAAUUGUGAAAACGGAAAAAGAGGAAGAGUAUUAUUAUUUAGAAGAUGAAGGAGGACGAGAGGAAGAACAAAAUAUGGACACAGGAGAAUCAAAUGCAGAGCAUAAGGCUGUCAGCAGGUUUGGGUCUUUUUCUGCCACGUUGGAGAAUGGAAUCUGCCUCUCGAUCAGUUACUACGGACCCAGUGGGACUGUGCCAGAGGAUAAGGAUCCCAGCUUGGAAGCAAUGCUGAAUAUCCCAUCAGCUUUUCUUCCAACAGUAAUUCCUGUUAUAGCGCCUGCUCCUCAAGCCAAAGCAAAAGGGAAAACAAAAGGCAAAGAUAAACCCAAAGAAUCUCUUAAAGAGGAGGAACACCCAAAGGAAGAAGAAAAAAAGGAAGAAGUAGAACCAGAACCUGAUGUACAAGAAACUGUUUUUGUUCCCACCUUCCAAAACCUCAACGUGUCCUGCCCCAAUGGGCUCCUAGUGACCUUCAUUGGGAAUGAGUCGACAGAUAAAUGUGUCGACAGUGAGGAACCUACUUGGGACAUAAUGAUCCGACAGAGCUACCCUCAGAAGGGGAAGUUCUACGAGUUCUACAGAGCGGUGAUGCCCCUGGUGGAGCAGGAGGCCUCGAGAGUCAUCACCAGUCAGGGCACGGUGGUCAAGUACAUGCUGGACGGGUCCACACAGAUUCUCUUUGCAGACGGCGCCGUGAGCAGCAGUCCGGACUCGGGGCCCGUGUGUGCGCCUGCCAGCCGCCCCACAAGCCGCCCCAGCGGGGACCUGAUGGACUCGGGCUCUCAGCAGAAACCAGAGAGAAUGCCGUCGGAGACGGUCCUCACAAAGAAAGGCAGAAGUCACAAAAAUCAGUUAACAGUAUUGCAGAAGAGUGAAACCCACGAAACUCCCACAGACGUAGGUCAAACGGCGACUCCCGUGGAGACUCACGCAGGCACCUGGUUCACAACCACACCUGAAGGAGAUCGCAUCGGCACCAGAGGGUCAGAGACAAUAGCAGACUUGGCACCGUUUCUCUCCUUUCAGGCCACGGACCCUAUCACUGGAACGGUCAUGACAACCCGAGAGGACAAGGUGGUCAUUGUCAAAAAGAAGGAUGGCACUCGGAUAGUGGACCACGCCGACGGCACCAGGAUCACAACCUUUUACCAAGUGUACGCAGACUGCAUCACUCCCCCGGACGAAAUGUCCAGAGGUCCUCACAGUGUCACCAGGCAGGUGAAGUGCAUGCGGAUAGAAAGCUCACACUAUGCCACUGUCAUCACCAACUGCGAGGACAGUAGCUGCUGCACCACCUUUGGGGACGGGACGUCUAUUAUUGCAAAGCCACAGGGCACAUACCAGGUGUUGCCUCCAAACACAGGCUGUCUUUAUAUCGACAAGGACUGUUCAGCUGUAUAUUGCCAUGAGUCGAGCAGUGAGAUAUACCAUCCCUUCCAAAAGCGUGAGCAGCUGAGAGCUAGCACGUACAUCAUGAAGCACACGUCAGAGGUGGUCUGCGAGGUCCUGGAUCCCCAGGGAAACACCUUUCAGGUCAUGGCUGAUGGUAGUGUAUCAACUGUGCUACCUGAGAACAGUCUGGAAGAUGAGUUAAAUGCAGUCCCUGAAGGCUACGACAGCUUAUCAUCUGCUCACCUUCAAAAGAAUCACCUGCAAGUCUAUGGUGAACACAUCCCCAGGUUUUUUGUUGUCUAUGCCGAUGGAUCAGGAGUGGAGCUCCUGCGAGACAGUGAGAUCGAAGAAUACCUGUCCUUGGCGUGCGGGGGACCAACCACAGUGGUUCUGCAGGAGCCCGUGCAGGAGCAGCCAGGCGCCCUCAGCAUCACCGUCCUUCACCCUUUCCAUGAAGCGUCACCGUGGCUAAUGAAGAAAGAACUGGACACGAUCGUGCCUCCUAACCUGCAGUCGCGGACCUGGGAGACCUUUCCCGCAGUGGAGAAGAAAACUCCAGGACCUCCGUUUGGCACUUACAUUUGGAAGGGCUUUUACAACGAGGCCAAACAGCUGGUGAGCGCCCCAGCCCCUCUACUCAAGAGCCCUAGCGUGCUGCAGAUCCGCCAGUUCAUCCAGCACGAGGUCAUCACGGAUGAGGUGAAACUGAAGCUGCAGACUUCCCUGAAGGACUACAUCAACCACAUCCUGAAGCAAGAGGACGAGCUGCGGGGCAUGGCGGUGAAGGACUCCAGAACCGAGGCGGAGCGGGGCAGCGCCGCAGACCUCCUGAAGCUGGUGAUGUCUUUCCCCAAGAUGGAAGAAAGUACAAAAAGUCAUGUUACUGAAGUCGCAGCCCACCUGACCGAUUUCCUCAGGCAGUCUGUGGCCGCUGCUCCAGAAGACCUUCCAGACACGUUCAGUACAGAGUUCUUUGAAAAGAAAUGGAAGGACACAGAAACAGGAAAGCACUGGAGUGAAAAACUAGCUCAAAAGAGGAAGGAAAUUGAAAAUACACGCAGUCGUUUAAUGAACAUUAGGAACAAAGCAAUACCGCCCUACUUCAGACCUGACUUGGGCAACUUACAUCAGUCUCAGUUUGAUUAUCUGAACAACCUUUCCAAAAACUUGCCUCCUUUUCCAAAGAAAGGUGAAGAUGGAAACAAAACAGCUGUUCAAAACACAUAUGAUCUUCAUCCAGAUUCCCAGUCAAAAGCAGUUUUAGAGCAGGAUUCGUCAGAUACGCCUAGUCUUCCAAAACAGCAGAGUUCCGUGGCUUUCAAGGAGCCCGCUAACCAGAAGCAGACUGAAAAUUUAACAAGCUCCACCGCAGACCCAGAGCCAAGCGUGCCCGUGAAAGUCCCCACCCAGGCGCUGCUGCAGGACGUGGCGGGACAGGCGAGGAAGGAGAGAGUGAGGCUGCCUCACUACCUGCUGAGCUCCAAGCCCAAGUCCAUACUUCUCCCGAAGGUGCAGGAUCCUGUUGGCGGAAGAGUGAAAACCUCCUCCGUCGCAGCUGCUGCCAUUAACAACGCCAACGCCUCCCCUUUCGGCUUCCAUCUCCUCCCUCCGUCCGUGAAGUUCGGGGUGCUGGAAGAAGGGCACACCUACGAAGCCACCGUCAAGCUCAAGAACGUGGGCGUGGACUUCUGCAGGUUUAGGGUGAAGCAGCCCCCGCCCAGCACAGGACUGAAAGUGACCUACAAACCUGGGCCUGUGGCAGCGGGCCUGCAGGUGGACCUGAAAGUGGAGCUGUACGCCAUGGCGCUGGGUGAGGACGGCGCCAAGGGGUCGACGCGCAUCUCGCACAACAUCGAGAUCAUGACCGAGCAUGCCGUCCUGUUCUUACCCGUGGAAGCGACAGUCUUAACAAGCAGCAAUUACCGUAAGAGGCUGAAAGACCUUCCCGAGGGAAAGGAAACCCCCAUGGCCCAGAGGAUGCCUGCGGUUCCCUCCCCUGCGCUUGGGCUCUUCAUGUCCCGGAAGGUCCCCCCUCAGUAGGCCCGGUGAGUACGAAACCAUUUCCGACCACUCGCACCCGAGGCCUCAGGCCGCGUAUCCGUUCUCUCCUUCCAGCCAGAACCAAUGAGCCACUGAGCCUGGUGGAGUGAAAAUGCUGGUUUUUAACAACUGCAAUAGCUGCUCCUCUAUAUACAGCUAAUCCUCGUAUUACCUGUAAGACAGAUACUGUGUUUUCCACUUCACAAAUAAGGAAACAGGCUUGGAGAGUCUGAAGUAGAAGUGAAAAUCUAACUACUUCACUGCAGUUCUGAAGUUCAUUCUCUUAAGCGCCGUUUU